AGAGAGAGAGAGAAAGCAAGAGAGAAAGAGAGCACAAUUCACUCGGUGAAUUGCUUGCAAGCUUUGAGCUGAUAAUUAGGGAUCUCAGGAGAGCAGUUUCUCAGAAUAACCUGCUCUCCUUCAAAUGGACCAAAUGGAGACAGUGGUUCAGUCCUGCUGAUAUUUUUUAAUCCCUCCUCACAGUUUGAUGGGCAUUCCCAGUGCUUUUGUGCACGUCUCGGAAAGCGUUGACGUGGAAAGGAGCAGCGAGGAGGGGGAGGUUGGAGAAAAAAACGGCAGCUCUUCUAAAAAUACGGAGGGCAUGCAAGAGCGCGAGCUGGCUGGGGAGGAGGGCGAGGUGAGCGCGCCUCGCACCAUGUUCCCCGGGUGCCGGCGCGACGCAGUUUCGGAGAUGUCACUCCUGUGACUGGACGCACCAUGAGCAUCUGGGAGGUGAUCCUGGCUUUCGUGGUGGUGGUGCUGAUGCUCGUGGCCCUGCUGGCCAACGUGCUGGUGCUGAUGUGCUUCCUGUACAGCGCCGACAUCCGCAAGCAGGUCCCGGGAUUGUUCAUCCUCAACCUCACCUUCUGCAACCUGUUGAUGACUGUUUCGAACAUGCCCCUGACCUUGGCUGGGAUCAUUUACAAGAGUCAACCAGGAGGAGAUCAGAUCUGCCACAUUGUGGGCUUCCUGGAGACUUUUCUCACCACGAACUCCAUGUUGAGCAUGGCAGCUUUGAGCAUUGACAGGUGGAUUGCUGUGGUCUUCCCUCUAAGUUACCACUCCAAAAUGAGAUACAGAGAUGCUGCUCUCAUACUGAGCUACACAUGGUUACACUCAGUGUCGUUCCCGAUAGUGGCAGCUUCUCUCUCCUGGGUGGGUUUCCAUCACCUCUAUGCCUCCUGCACCCUGUACAACAAGAGACCAGAGGAUAGGACACAGUUUGUGAUUUUCACUGGGGUCUUUCACACCCUCAGCUUCCUCCUCUCCCUUAUAGUCCUGUGUUUCACAUAUCUAAAAGUGCUGAAGGUGGCACGGUUUCACUGUAAGAGGAUUGACGUGAUCACUAUGCAGACCCUGGUACUGCUUGUGGACAUCCAUCCCAGUGUAAGAGAGCGUUGUCUAGAAGAACAAAAGAGGCGGAGGCAGCGAGCAACAAAGAAAAUAAGUACCUUUAUUGGUACUUUUAUCCUUUGUUUUGCACCUUAUGUCAUUACAAGACUUGUUGAAUUAUCCUCUGUGGUCCACAUCAAUUACCACUGGGGAAUCAUUUCCAAGUGCUUAGCUUACAGCAAAGUUGUUUCAGACCCUUUUGUGUACUCUUUGCUACGGCAUCAGUACAAGAAGACAUGGAAAGACAUCAUAAACAAGAUCCUCAAAAGAAGCUCCAUCAAUUCCUCUGCCCUCACAAGUGAAUCGCACAAUCGGAAUAUAUUGCAGCUGAAUGAAUGAGGAUCCUGGUAUGGAACCUGCAAGACACAUAAAAUGAUGUAUGGGAAACAAAAUUAACUGGCCUAUCCCUAGUAGCUAUCGUUGGCUGUCAAGGUGUUGGGAGGCCACCACGAGCAGGUUGAAGCCCAGCCCGUGUCCCUCCAGUGGCCCAUGUAACACCUAAGGGAGACAGGAGGCUUUGUACCCCCUGCCUCCGACCAAAAGAGUGCUAUUGAUCUGUGGUCCUGCAGGCCUUGCAAAUACAAAUCUCCCGUUGACUUCCAUCAGCAGUUACACAUAUAUACAGGAUAAAAAGCUAGUCCUCAGCAGAAGGACUUAUGAAAGUAAUGGGAGCAAACCGGUGCCAUCAUAUUAUCCUAAAAAGCUGUAGAGGGAUAUUUGUGCUGUAUUUUUCACUGGCUGCAGGUAACAUUCCCUCCAAUCGAGCUGCCAACCUGGCUUUAUGAAAACUGCCCCAACCUAGUUGCUUGAGUAGGUCCUCUAUAGAAACACUCUUAAUAGGAAAAACUUAAUAGAAAAAUCUUUACCUAGAUACUCAUAAAGUGCCCAAUAUAGCUUUCAACCUCUUCUGAUACCUAUUUUUUGAACAAUCCUGUAGAACUGAAGGAAGAGAAAAAUCACUUUUAAAGUACACUACAGGCUGGAUUCAGCCAUGUCUAUUUUAAGUUUUUAAAAUAACUUUCACAGAAUCCCAUUAAAUUUUUCUCCCCAUUUAACUCACGGAUUUUCUCCCCAUUAAAUUUCAGAAAAAUAAAAAUGUUAGAUAGGAUGGAAAGGUCAGGAUGCCUCCUGCCUACUUUCAAGUAUAUCUGAGCUAUAAAGAGAUGGAUUUUGCCCAAAGCUAUAGAAUUGGGGCCUGUUCCCAGGGGGGGGAAAAAAAAUAUAUAUAUUUUUCUGAGAUAUUAUUAAUCAUGGGAUUUUUUUCUACAGAUAUGUUACUUAAAGUAAAGGUAAGACUAAAGCUGAAUUUAAAAGUAUGAUUUCCAAACCAAGUAGAGCAAAAAUAACAGGCCCCCUUCCCACUAUGAGAGUGCAGCCAAUAAUCUGAAUCCACAUAUGAAUAUGAAAAAUCUCAGGAAGUUUCAGUAUUGAUCUUUAUAGCUCCAGACUGCAGCUCUGCAUAGCAAUGUUAUUAACAUAUACCAUACUAUCAGUUCAGCCUGCAGCUAAAAUAGGCUUAAAUACAAAUAAAAUUUUCAAAAUCAGGACAAUCCUACAUGUCACACUUCCUCAGACACCAUCUCAGUAUCUUAAUUUUUGUAAACAUUGUUUAGUUCAUUGUAAGUACAACUAGAGCAGGUAGAUGGCUUCACAACUGUCACGUAGACAAGUGAUGAUGAAGCCAUCCUCCAGUGACUCAUGAAUAAUUACUUUCCUGGGUAAUUUUCAGUGACUUCUCUCUCAAUUCAGUGAAAACACUAUCAAAUGAGACAAUUUUUAAUGUGUUUUCUUAUCAACUAAGCUGUAGAAUACCAAGAGCAAUAAUUAAUCAGUUGUCAUUUCUGUUAUGAUUUUUAGGAAUAAUCAAUUUCUAAAACGACUUGUGCUGUCCUCAUAAUCCCUCAAAAUUAUAUUCAGGUGAAGAACUAUUGGUUUCAAAUGCUUUACAUUUAUAUUUUAAUUGCCAAAAGACUACCAAUUCUGUCCUUAUUUCUACACACAUUUUUCUCCAGAAAGUGACUUAAAAUCCAUAAAACUACAGCAAGUUAACAUCAGAAAGUAAAUUAGUUUUUGCUGGGUAGGUCAAAAAAGCUUCUGUUCAGUGGUCAUAAAGUACACAGUUUCUUUUGUCAGAGUAAAAGGCAAAUAUAUGCCCAGAUUUUGAAUAGUCUCAGUUAAUUAAGCUUCAUACAGGCAAUGGCAAUUUAAAAAUUAGCUGAAAUACCACCUAUCCUUGCUCAUAUUCUGACUGUCAAUACCAUGUUGAGAAAAUAUGGUCAGGAUCAUAUUGAGAAAAUAAGUCGCUGAGCGCUAAAAAUAUGUGUUACUUUUUAGUUAAACCUCCCAUGUCCCCCAGGAAAAGGGCACCGUUUGGUGCCUAUAGCUCUGCAGAAUCCCGGACAUCAAACAUUAAUGAGCUAAAUUAGUACAUUCCCUAUCACUUAUGCUAAAUGUUCAAUAUCAGUCAUUUUGCAAACAUUAGCAUGCUCCAUUUUGCAAACUCUGCCAUGAAUAUCGGUCUUUUUUUAGAACAGAUAUUAUGGCAACUCCAGUCUCCUUCAUACCUUGCAAAAAACAUCCGCUGCUGAAGUUCUUGGCCAGUGAUUCAAAGCCCAGGCAGGUAACUCACUCCAUGAGGGGCUUCACCCCAAAGUCAGUGAACGUGGGGUGACACCUCAGCUCUGGGUCCGGAGAGCCUUGCCUUAGCCCUCGCUCUGCCAUGGCACUACAGCUGCUACGAACCAUGUUAAUCUAUAAAUUUACAUAGUUACCUGCUAGAUAAAUGGAAGCAUUAGUGUAAUGAAGAUCAACUACUAUGUAAAUAAAAAUUUUCAGAUCAACUAUUAAUUUUAGCUAUAAAGAAAUAAUAUCAUUACAAUAAAACAUACACACAGAUAUAGUCACAGAAUUUAAGUAAGGUUUUACAACAUUGCAUUCAAAAUUAGCCCUUAGCCAGAUUAAAUAGUCUACCUCAUCUAAAUCAUUUUACUUUUUAGGCUUAACGUAAUUUUCUCAGGUGCAAUAGAUAAAACCACCCAGUUCAAUAUUUGUUUUUUAAGAAAUUCAAGUAAUAUUGAUGACUUGAUUGUAUCAGAAUACCAAAUAUUAGAAAGUUGAUUAUUAGUGAGUUUCAAAAGAUAAAAAGCUCUAUAUCAGACUGCCAAACAUUUUACUAAGACCACUUUCAUGUAAAUAAAUUGCAACAGGAUGAUUGUUGAAGUCCACAGCUGUUGUCAACUUAUACAUGGGGCUGCCACCAAGUCAAUGGGAGGUCUGUAUGUCGAUAAACCUAGCUGCAGAAGGAUUUCAUAUUUUAAAUUCAUAUUCAAAUAGAGUAAGACAAUUUCCCAGAAAAAACAAAACAAAACAAAACAAAACAAAACAAA